UGAUGAGUGGCAACGUUGCGUUGUUAUUAUCAAUAAUAAUGUGUACAAUUUACAAUAUAUAUAUAUUAAUAAAGUUUCUAUCAUUUAUGUGUUGUAUUUACUAUUUGGUUAAUAGUGUUAAUAUUAAUAGUUGAUUACUGAGAUAUUUACGAUCCGAAGAUUUGUGAAGCGCACUGAAAUAGUGCCUAUAAUUGUACAGAUUUUCAAUUGUUUUAGACAUGUCAACGUCUGAAACAACUAACGGACAAGUGGCUACUACUCCAGUGGCACCGGCUGUUGAUGCUCCACCAGAGUCGAGUGUUUCAGAAUCUCAGAAGGUAACUUCCUCCGAGAGUAAUGCUAAAAGGCUGAAAAAUCCCAAGCACAACGCACCUAUGCGCCAAUAUUUAGACCAAACAGUAGUACCAGCCUUGUUAGUAGGCAUGAAGGAGUUAGUCAAGGAAAGACCUCCUGAUCCAUUGGGUUUUCUAGCUGCAUUUUUAUUGAAGUAUAAAAAGGAACAUGUUGAUAAAGACUCAAUUUCAGAAACAUAAACAGAUUCAUUUUCUUCUUCAAAAAAAAAUAAAUAACAAUAAUAAUAAUUAAAUAGACAUAAAUAAUAAUCACAUCUUAUGCUCUUCAAUUUAUUUUUUUGCACUUAUAUUCAAAUAUUAUUCAUUUUGUGUGUACAUAAAAAGUUGUUUGUUUACCAAGAAAAAUAUUAAUUUUUUUUUCUAAUAUCGUAGAAGGCUGAUAAAGCAUUACAUUUUUUUAUUAAGGGUUUAUAAAAACUAAAAUAACUGUUAUAACGACGAUAAAGAUGAUUUUUAACCCUAUUAUUACUAUUAUGUUGCCAUGGUAAUUGAAUCAUAACAAACUAAUAUGUGUAAAAGCAUAUUCAAAUCAUGUAGGUAUUCUCAAUUGCAAUGGUGUUGUAAUUAUUGAUUUAUUGUAAUAUUGUAAUAAUGAUUUAAUGAUUCAAUUAUUUGUUUUAUAGAUUAAAAAAUCCAAUUUCAAUAUAA